CUAAAAGUUCCGGUGUGUACUCCACCAGGACGAAGGUUCCGCCCUCCGAUCUGAAGCCCGUUACAUUUUUUGUGGCCACUCUGGGCCAUGGAUACAACCUUUGGAAGUUGCACAGUGCUUUUAUUGACACCUAGCUAAUACAGUCUACAACUUGGUUAAAGAAACAGUGACCGGACUGAGUUGGUGUGAGGUGUGUUGACCAGUGAAUGCAUAGAGUCAAGAAGGUAAAACUCUGUGACACAAAAGAAGGUAUCUGGAAAAGCUGUGUGACAGUGAGCAUGACGGCUGUGGACGGCCUUUCAGACAGCACAGAGGUGGUGGAGAUGGAGGAUGUCCCGACUCAGUUCUUUGUGGAGAAACACUCUUGGGAGGGCCUCCGUGACAUCAUCCACUGUAGCAGGAAGUACUCGGGCAUGAUCGCCAACAAGGCUCCCCACGACUUCCAGUUUGUGCAGAAAAAGGAUGAGAACGGGCCCCACUCCCAUCGGUUGUACUACCUCGGAAUGCCUUAUGGAAGCAGAGAGAACUCAUUACUUUACUCAGAAAUUCCCAAGAAGAUCAGGAAAGAGGCCCUCUUAGUUUUGUCAUGGAAACAGAUGCUUGAUCACUUUCAGGCUACACCUCACCAGGGGGCCUACUCUCGAGAGGAGGAAUUGCUAAGAGAGCGUAAACGUCUGGGAGCGUUUGGUAUCACCUCCUAUGACUACCACGCAGAGACUGGCCUGUUCCUCUUCCAGGCCAGCAAUAGCCUCUUCUACUGUCAAGACGGAGGCAACAACGGCUUCAUUCAGUCUGCUCCGGUAAAGCCAGUAGAGAUCAAGACCCAGUGCUCAGGGACCCGCAUGGACCCCAAGAUCUGCCCCGCUAACCCUGACUUCAUAGCCUUCAUCAACAACAACGACCUGUGGAUUGCUCACAUCAGGACGGGAGAGGAAAGGAGACUCACAUACUGCCACAAAGGCGUGGAUAGUGUGAAGGAGGACCCCAAGUCUGCAGGUGUAGCAACAUUUGUCAUCCAAGAAGAGUUUGACCGUUUCACUGGCUACUGGUGGAGUCCCUCUGCAGUUGAAGACUCUAAUGGAGGUAAAACAGUGUACUUGCUGUAUGAAGAGGUGGAUGAGACGGAAGUAGAGAUUAUUCACGUUCCCUCCCCGGCACUAGAAGAGCGGAAAGCUGAUGCAUACAGAUAUCCGCGCACAGGUAGUAAAAACCCCCAAGCUACCCUUAAACUGGCAGAGAUCAAGACAGACCACCAAGGGAGGAUUAUUAGCACACAAGAUAAAGAACUGGUAGUCCCCUUUAACACCUUGUUUCCUGGGACGGAAUACAUUGCCAGAGUAGGAUGGACAAGUGAUGGCAAAUAUGGCUGGGCGGUGCUUUUGGACCGCAGCCAGAGGAAACUCCAGCUCGUCCUGCUUCCUCCAGCCCUCUUUAUCCCUGUGACGGAUGACCCAGCUCAGAGGCAGGAGAGUCUGGAGGCCAUACCCAGUAACAUUCAGCCACACGUAGUCUACGAGGAGACAACAGAUGUCUGGAUAAAUGUACAUGAUAUAUUCUAUCCAUUCAUUCAGACAACGGAAGAUGAGUUUACUUUCAUUUGGGUGAAUGAGUCUAAAACUGGUUUCAGCCAUCUGUAUAAAAUCACAUCCCUGUUACAACGAGGCUGCUACCACUGGGCAGAUGACUACCAACACACAGAGGGAGACUUCAAAUGUGCAAUCAAGGAGGAGGUUACAUUGACCAGUGGGGAAUGGGAAGUGCUGGCAAGACAUGGUUCCAAGAUCUGGGUGAAUGAAUCAUCAAAGCUAGUGUACUUCCAAGGGACCAGAGACACUCCUCUGGAGCACCACCUCUACGUGGUCGGCUAUGAUUCACCUGGAGAUGUGGUCAGACUAACCAAGUCUGGCUUCUCUCAUAGCUGCUCUGUCAGUCAGAACUUUGACUUUUUUGUUAGCCACUACAGUAACGUGAGUACUCCUCCGUGUGUUCACGUCUACAAACUGAGCAGCUCGGAGGGUGACCCGCUACACAUAGUGCCUGAGUUCUGGGCCAGCAUGAUGGAAUCACCAGGUUGCCCAGGAGAUUACAAUCCACCUGAGAUUUUUGACUUUCCAGGGAAGUCCGGCUUCCAGCUUUACGGAAUGGUUUACAAGCCUCACAACCUGCAGCCUAACAGGAAACACCCAACCGUUCUUUUUGUGUAUGGAGGCCCACAGGUGCAGCUAGUGAACAACUCCUUUAAAGGGAUGAAGUACCUCCGUCUUAACACUCUGGCCUCUCUGGGCUACGCUGUGGUGGUGAUCGAUGGGAGGGGUUCCUGUCAGAGGGGACUUGAGUUUGAAGGAGCACUGAAAAACAAAAUGGGUCAGGUGGAGAUUGAGGACCAGGUGGAAGGGCUGCAGUAUGUGGCGGAGAAGUUUAACUUUGUGGACCUGAGCCGUGUCGCUAUUCACGGCUGGUCUUAUGGCGGGUUCCUCUCACUCAUGGGCCUCAUUCAGCGACCCAAUGUCUUCAAGUUGGCCAUCGCAGGCGCCCCUGUCACCGUGUGGAUGGCCUAUGACACAGGCUACACAGAGCGUUACAUGGACGUGCCUGAGAACAACCAGCAGGGUUACGAGGAAGGCUCCGUGGCUCUGCACGUGGACAAGCUGCCCAGCGAGCCCAACCGUUUGCUGAUUCUUCAUGGAUUUCUAGAUGAGAAUGUGCACUUUUUCCACACCAAUUUCCUCGUGUCGCAGAUAAUCCGUGCUGGGAAGCCCUACCAGCUUCAGGUAUAUCCCAAUGAGCGACACAGUAUUCGCUGCCCUGAGUCUGGAGAGCACUACGAGAUAAUGCUGCUGCACUUUUUACAACAAUACCUCUGAAACAAGACAACAGGGGAGAAGUGAAGUCUAGUCUCUCCCCCCCCCCCCACCCACCCACCUCCCUACUUCUUGUCCCUUCUAGCUCACGACCUAUCUGUACUCUCCCUGACCUCCCUGUCCUCAAAUGUUCACCCCGUCAUCGAGACUAUCAGACACCACAGCCAGUCUCCUAUGAACUCGUCAUAUGUAACCUCCCCACUAGAAUCUUUCGCUCUCUCUCGUCUGUUGUUCUGUUUCUCGCUUCACCUCGCUCCGUCUCCCUCCCACCCCCCCAUCCAUCCCUGUGUGUACAGUCUGGGGUAUGGUUUACGAGCACAGAGAUUUAAUGUCUCACCCUAGAAGCUGAACAAAGACAAGGACAUAUGGAGAAAUAUUUGCUGGCUGUGUCACAUUGACUCAUCGCUCACCCGUGUCCUCAUCUGAUUCUUUUUUUUUUUUUUUUUGCCAAAUGUUAUUGUGUUGUUUUCCCCUCUGCGCCACCUGUUUUAUUCACUAGGGUCAGCGGUUGGAGCAGGGUGACAGGUCACAGAUAUGAAAUAAAAUCUAUACGCAUGUUUGCAGACAUGAGCUCCCAUACUACACACAUAUGUAAAAUACAGUUUAUCUCAUACACAGACACUCAUUAGCACACUAACACAGACUUACAAUAUCACUCAUGCUGUGAGUCUGUAACUUGCAGUUAGCUUAAGGAUGACUAAGAGGAAGACAACUGUGACUCUUCUUCUGUCCACUUCUUUUAAGUGUGUUGUUUAAAAUGAAACAUUUUAUGGAAUUUUAUUCUUUUUUUUUUUUUUUUUUUUUUUAGAGCGCUGACCGAAGCAGCUCAAUGAUAUUUUUGUGAUGUUUUCUCCCCUCACAUUACAUUGCUCGGGAUGUCUGCUUGCCUUCUUAACACAUAAUUUAUAUUUGCCAAAGUACCUCUUGACUAUUUGAUCAUGCUGGUAUUUCCUUUUUUUACUGCAAUAAAGACAACAGGAGGGUGAGCACUGGAGUCUUACAACAGCUUUGUACCACCGGAAUACAAUUUGUACAUGAUAAUGAAUAAAUGUAUGAAUCAAUCACA